AUGGCUUCCUAUCAAUCCCCUUACAAUCAGAACUCGAUCGGAGUGUCGGGACCCGGUUUCGCGUCUCGAGGAAAAGCCGGUCACAUCAAACGACUUAGCGUUCAAACUCCAAGCAUCUCUGCUAUCGAUGAGACACAGCAGAUGAACAAUGUCUCUACUCCUCGAACUGCGCGUGGCCACCUCUUAGCUGGUCUUCGCACUGCGCCCAAAUCUGCUGUCCCGACAUCUAAUGGCCUGGACCAGAGUCGCUUCGCUCCUCAGUACAACAAUGGACAGCGCCUUCCGCAGACCUCCGCCUCUGCCUUCUUCCCGCAGUCUUACAACAACAACAGCGGCUACCAGUCCUUCCAGGAACAGGUCCUGGCACCUCCGUCUCUUGAUUUCGGAGGCCAUGACCUCGAAGGCAGCGACGCGCAUGAGUACGAGACUCUCAGAGCUCAGAAUCGUGCCCUCGCUGAGCAGAGUCUUGCCCUGCAACAGCAGGUUGCCAUGAUACAGAACAAGUUCAGUGCGCUCAACAUCAAUACUGGCUACUCGACCUCCAUGGCGCAAUAUCAGUCUCCUGUGAACCCUGCGCUGCUCUACCAGCAGCAGCUUCAGCAGAGUCUCCAGCCUGUCGUUACUCCCAUCGCUGGAAGCCCUGGGCUGUAUUCUGUUUACAACCCGAUGACGGGCCAGCAGACUGUCAUGUAUGAUAAUGCGGUUCAGCAGCAGGCUGAUCAAUACAGCGCUGAUGCGUAUCGAUCUGUAUCACCUCCGCAAAGCGCCCCGGUCUUCCAGCGUCAGACGUCGGACUCUUCGGAUUCUCGCACGCAGUUGAGGAGUGUUUCACCACCCAAGACAUCUCAGUCACCUGCGACUGAUGUUGAGCCGCUUCCUCCUCCAUCUGCCAACGCUUUCCGCCGUGGACAUCGCAAGAAUAUGUCGUCCGCCAACAUCAAGACCACGGGUGAGUGGACACGAAAUGGUGUAGGUCCUCGCUCAGCUGGAGUGCCACAAACGCCAGCCACUGGAACAUUUGGUCCUGGCCACGGUCGUGUCGGGGCCCACCCAUCGCGCCAGCCGAAGAACCCACCCUUGCUGAAUGAGUUAGAGGAGAAGCCAACUUCCAAGCACGACAGCAGCAAGAAUUUUGCUGCUCGUCAACGUCGUCAGGCAGUCCACGACCUGGUGAAAGCCGGUCGUGAACGACGCAACGAUGUCAAGCCUGGAUCAGGCUCUGGCACUCCUGCUAGCGAGGGCGAGUUCAACUUCUCGGCCUCCGGGUCCGACACCGACUCUGUCUUGGCCGGCAGCACGACCUUGACUAGCCGAACGAGCAUGGGCAGUAUCGGCAUGGGUGCAAUCGGCAGCGAACGCAAGGGAUCCUGCGAUCGCUCAUCCGUCGACAGCCUCUCCUCUCGCUCCCAGUGA